UUUCAUCGAAUGUGGCGGAAACGAUGGAGAACUAUACUCGAACACGUUGGCGUUGGAGUUGCUCCACGGCUGGACAGGGCUCCUCGUUGAGCCAGAUCCACUUCCUCUGAGCAAACUUCGAACCCGACGUCGAAAUGUCUGGAUUGCUCCGGUCUGUCUCUCCGGUGUCACGUGGCCCAUAAAAGUGGACAUGUUUCGUCCAAACAAUGACGAUCUCAUGACACGAUUGGGGUUUGUGGAAAAUGCCUCCUUCACUGCAGAAUGCUAUCCAGUAUUUUCACUCCUAAAAGCUAUAAAUAUCACUUCGGUAGACUACUUCAGUUUGGAUAUCGAGGGGGCGGAGCUGCCCGUAUUAAAAACAAUUCCUUGGAAUCGCGUUCGAAUAAAGGUUAUAUCCAUUGAAGUUCCUCUCAAUUUCCAGGAAAGGAAAGCAAUUAAUUCGUACAUGAAAUCAGUGGGCUAUAAAUUCAUGACGCACAUUUCAAAUACAUAUUCACACGAUAAUAUUUACAUUCAUUCGUCCGUCUAAUAUGAUGCAUAAAUUAUUCAGGCGUGAAAUUUAGAUUGUUUUAUUUUAUUUUUACAUAUCUCUUUAAAGCAGGUUGCGUAUAACAUAAAUAAUUUUACUUAUGUUAACAAAGCCUGGUGGUUAUGUAAAUAAUUUCCGUAGUAUAUUGCAAUUGUAUGUAUGUAUGUACUUAAGUAUGUACAUAUCUCCCGACAAACUAUCAAUUUUACAUAUAUAUUUGUAUAAAGCAGCCCAGCCUUAGGUUGUGUCUUCUAAGCAAAUUAGUAAGAAAUGGUUUCCUAAAUAAAUUUUGUAACAGUAAAUUUCCAUAUUUAUACAUAUGCUCAUGAGCAAAAAACGGAAAACACCGCUCAUGAAGGAAGCUGACAGGACAAAUUAUCUAUAAUGUACAUAUGUAACUGCAUUUCAAUAAUUUUCCAUCCAGAUUACACACGAUUGUUUGUCCAAUCAUUAGCAAUAUCAAUAGAAUGGAUCAAUACUGAGAAAUACUUAGUUUUCCUGUUACGAUGCCAGCCUCGACAAAUAAAUGCGUAAUUCUGUAAAGAAUAAAGAUCUGAGAUUAUGUAAACAACCGUCAGGUAACAUUACUCACAAGCUUCUUCUUAUUUAAAAAAUAACAAAUUAGUACAUG